CAGUGAAGAUUAGGUGUGCGUAUUUGUUGAAGCCAGAAAUACUAUCAAGGAUGAAAGGAUCAUUUAAAGUGUUUCGAAGGUUGGCUAUUGGAGCUGUGGUAGGGACUGCUGCUUCAGGCCUAGGGAUAUACCAUCAUAAACAGACGCUUGUGUUUGCCACUACCAGAGAAUUUGUAGAUUUUGAUAAAUUUAUGGCAGCUCCUGUUACACCUGUGAAGACACUAAUUGAGGAUUCUGACACAAUGAAAUCAAGAAUGGAGUUCAUGAUAAUGAAGACACAGGCAGAAGUUUGCCGAGCUCUUGAGGAGGUUGAAGGGGGUGCAAAAUUUAAUGUGGACAGAUGGCAGAGGAAAGAGGGAGGGGGAGGAAUUACCUGUAUUAUGGAAAAUGGUAAAGUGUUUGAAAGAGCUGGUGUAAAUAUAUCUGUAGUCCAUGGUGAGCUAUCACCAAAGGCUGUUGCCCAGAUGAGGUCGAGGGGGAAAAAGUUGAAAGAAGGCAAACUUCCAUUCUUUGCUGCAGGGGUGAGCUGUGUUAUCCAUCCUCGUAAUCCAAUGGUUCCCACGUUACAUUUCAACUAUAGAUAUUUUGAAGUGCAGCAAGAUGGUAAACAUGAGUGGUGGUAUGGCGGAGGUACCGAUCUUACGCCUAAUUACUUGGAUAAAGAUGAUGUCAAACACUUCCAUGGAACUUUGAAACAAGCCUGUGAUAAGCAUGAUGAAACAUAUUACCCAGAAUUCAAGAAAUGGUGCGAUAACUAUUUUGUAGUUGAACACAGGGGUGAGAGAAGGGGCGUUGGUGGAAUCUUCUUUGACGAUGUUGAUAAGCCAUCGCAAGAAGCGGCUUUCUCUUUUGUUAAGGAUUGUGCUAAAGCAGUUCUACCAUGUUAUUUACCAAUAGUCAAAAAACAUAUGAAUGAUGGUUACGGAUACAAAGAGAGACAGUGGCAGUUACUGAGAAGAGGAAGAUAUGUGGAAUUUAACCUUGUCUAUGACAGAGGAACCAAGUUUGGUUUGUUUACACCUGGAGCCCGUAUUGAGAGUGUGCUCAUGUCGCUUCCUCAGACAGCGAAAUGGCAGUACAAGCACACACCAGAAGAAGGUAGCAAAGAAUGGGAACUUUGGCAAGUUUUAAAAACUCCACAAAACUGGGUUUAAGUAUGAACACAGUCAAUACACAGAGAUAUAUAAUAUAAAUAUGAUUUAUAAUGAAGUAAUUGAAAAAAAGAAAGGUUUAUGCAGCAAUUAUUUUUAUAAAUUACUUUUUUAUUUCUCGUAAAACGGUGCAAUGAUCAAGGAAUUUUACAGUGAUUUAUGAAUAGUGAUUGAUUGAUUGAUUUGUUUAGUUUAUUGAUUGCGUACAUCUCACACAACUUGAUACGCUAAGCAUUCACAGUUAAAAUAUUUGUGCUUUCUUACCAAAUUAAUGAAAAUAAUAUUGUUAAUAACAAUAAAUUACUAGUGCAUUCCUCCGCCUUGCCCCACCUCAAGAAAAUAAUGGAAUCACCUGUCGUAUUCAGGCACAUUGUUUUCUUGAGUGCUGCCUGAAUAUGAGGGUUGAUUCCAUAAUUUUCUUUUAUGCUUGAGGGUAAAAAAUUGAAUUUUCUAUGACCUUGUCCUUUGACCUUUUCUUCCGAAAAUUGAAUGGUGUCUUUCUUCGAUUAUUAUGUACCAUUCCACUAGAUUUUAAGAAUUUUUGCUUAAUCUUGCUGACAGACAGACAGCCAGCGGUGAAUACAUAACCUCCUUGGCGGAAGUAAUUAAUAUCUUAAAGAAAGAACUUAGAUUGUUCUUUAAAUCAAAAAUAUGUAUAUUUUUUUAUUAUCAAUUUAUAGAAACAGAUUAUUAUUAUCUUAUCGUAUUGUUAAAAAGUUUAUUAUAACAAACUGGAAGAUCAUAGAUAAUAAUACAUAUAGUUUGUGUACUUUUUUAUUUCUUAAGUGUGUUUUGCUUUGUUCCACCCCCACCAACAUUUCAUUUGCGUUUUAUAUUUUCAUUAUUGGUUUCAUCUGAGUUUUCAACUAUUGUUGUAUGCUAAAUUUUAAUUCACUUUUUUUUAAAUGUAAGCCCCGUCCCUGGUAAGGUAAACAAUGCCGUGGCUUAAAUGUAUUACGUAAACAUGUGUGUUUUUGGAACGAGCAUGUAUUCCUACCCUUUUCUAGGUAGUUCAGUGAAAUGUGACACUCUGGAAACGUUCAUGAAAUCUUCAU